AUGACACCUGUUCGCAUUCAUAUCGCCAUCCUCGUGUGUGACACGCCUAUCCAGCCCAUUGUCAGACAAUAUGGCGACUACUUCGCAAUGUUUCAAACCCUUCUGGGGCAAGGCUUCAAAGACUUGGAGAGAUCUGAGGAGUUAGAAGACGUUAAAGUGGAAUUCAGUGAACAUCAGAUGGUGGGCAGUAGCCGGUUUCUUGAUUUAGAGAACAUCGAUGCCAUUCUUUUGACUGGAAGCAAACACGAUGCCUGGGCCGAUGAUCAGUGGAUUUGUGAUCUCACAAGCAACAUCCGUGAGACCGUUUUAACACACAAGAAGCCCGUGAUUGGGAUCUGCUUUGGACAUCAAAUUCUCGCCCGGGCACUGGGAGCCCAAGUUGGAAGAAACAAAGCUGGAUGGGAGGUCUCUGUGGAGGAGAUCGCACUUACUGAGGCUGGGAAGAAACUCUUUGGAAAGGAUACACUGGCAAGUGAAGAAACACUCAAACAAGCCCAAUCGAGGGAGGUUCUGAUUGAAUAUAGAAUCGAAUACACAACCUACGCUAUGUCAAACCAAAUUCGUACCAUCUCUCCCUCGACGCACGAGGUCAUUUUUGACCAGCCCGGUACUUCACUCAAGGAAGCAAUCAAAGUUGCUGUUGCUUCAAAGCAAGCCUUUGAGUCCUACAGAACAAGCUCUCUGGAGAACCGAAAAAGCAUCGUGAAACGAGCACUGGACAUUAUUGAGCAGCGCCGCGAUGACCUGGCCAAAGAACUAACCGCACAGAUGGGGCGACCCAUCCGGUACUGUGCAUCAGAGAUCAACACUAUGCGUCUGCGCGCUGAGUACUUGAUGGAUAUUGCUGAAGAGAGCCUGUCUGACCUCCCUGGUCGGCCAGAAGCCGGCUUCCGGCGAACGGUCAAGCGUGUUCCCGUGGGACCGGUUCUUAUCGCGGGUGCUUGGAAUUAUCCCUACCUGACUACUGUCAAUGCUCUGGUCCCGGCACUUCUUGCUGGUAACAGCGUUAUCCUGCGUCCCUCGCCCCAGACCCCACUAUUCGGCAAUAGACUGCUCGAAGUCUUUACAGAGGCAGGGCUUCCACCUCAGGUCCUUCAGGUCGUUCAUAUUGGAAACCUGGAUAUUUUGGAUCAGGUAGCACAGAUUCCCGAGAUCCAGUGUGUCUCAUUUACCGGAUCAACUGCAGGUGGGAUUAGACUGAGGGAGGCAACCGCCCAACACAUCAAGCCCGUCAACCUUGAGCUUGGUGGAAAUGAUCCCGCAUAUGUUCGGCCAGACGCCGACGUAAAGCAUGUCGCAGAGCAACUCGUGGACGGAGCUGUUUUCAAUUCCGGACAGAGUUGCUGUUCCAUAGAGCGGGUAUACGUACACGAGAAAAUUUACGAGGAGUUUGUUUACGCUGUGCAGGAGGAGCUAAAAUCGUACAAACUUGGUGAUCCACAGGAUCAGAGCACGACAACAGGGCCCGUCAUCUCAACGCAGGCCGUCGAAAAGAUCACCGCUCAUAUCAAGGAUGCGAUUGCUAAAGGAGCUGUUGACUCCACUCCUCGAAACCCAAGUUUUGAGGUGACAAGCAACCCUCAGAUCGAAAAGGGGAACUUUGUCGCUCCGGUGGUUUUGACCAAUGUUAACCACACCAUGGCUACGAUGAAGGAGGAGACUUUCGGUCCUGUGAUGCCAAUUAUGAAGGUCUCCAGUGAUGAUGAAGCUGUGGCAUUGAUGAAUGACAGUGACUAUGGCCUGACGGCGAGCGUUUGGACAAAGGAUAUCACCCGCGGAGAGGAGUUGAUCGAUCGAAUUGAGGCCGGUACAGUGUUCAUUAAUCGUUGUGACUAUCCAAGCCCGGACCUUGCCUGGACAGGCUGGAAGACAUCAGGUUUGGGAUGCACUCUUGGCCCACGAGGAUACGAUGGGUUCGUGAAGCUGAAGAGCUACCACAUCAAGCAUGGCGGAGCAUGA